CGUUGACAUUCGACGUGCGCGUUCUCGUGUUUUGAACUAGUCGACGUGCUCGCGCUCCUGUUAACGACUCUAGUACCUCAGAAACCUAAACAUCAGAAGUGUGCGAGUUUGUCCAAGUUCAACCGUAAAAUUAAAAGCGGAUGAUUUGUUGAAAGUCUUGAUUUGUUGGGUGAGGAUUAUCGAUCAGUUCAGAGAUUUGGACAUAUGUGGCUGCGGUUUGCGAGCGCUUCUCUUCGCUUCAUUCGAGAUGUCAAUGGCUUGAAUUUUAUAUCCCAGGCUGUCUGUACCUGAACCUCACACUUUACAAGUCACUGACUCAUUUUCAAGUAGUAGGUGUGGAGUAUGUGGGCCAGCUGCUGCGGCUGGCUCUGUCUGGAUGAUUCCACCGUGGAGGACACCAGAAGUAGCACACGUCAUCAGGCCUUCACCAACUCAGGCUUCAGCAGUUACCCAUCUCCCACCGCUCCAGAACAGACAUGCAAGGCCUGUGGAGGUCGCUUCGACAGCCUAGCCAGAAAGCACAUGUGCAUGGACUGCAAGAAAAACUACUGUAGCCACUGCUCCACUCAGCAGGACCUCCAGCCAUGGCUGUGCCACACCUGCCACCGUUUCCGGGGCAUCCUGUUCGAGCGAGCCGAGCUGAUGAAGCUCAAGGUAAAGGAUCUGAGGGACUACCUCCACCUGCACGAGAUCCCCACGCAGAUGUGCCGCGAGAAGGAGGAGCUGGUCGAGCUGGUUCUCGGCCAGCAGACACCUACAUCUGACACGCACAUUCCUCCACCCCCAGUGACCACACAGGAACCUAACACUCCAGUCAUAACCGUGAGCCCAUCGACGAACAACGGCACAACAGAACUGGGGCCUCAGUCUCAAGCAACAGAAGAUGGACAGAGCUUGGCUGAGGCGACAGCUGAAAGCGAGAUGGACGCUGAGCUGCAGGUGGAGCAGGAGUUGCAGUCCUCAGACUCUGAGGAAGUGCUGGCUCCAGGGCGACGGGCAUCUCUUUCUGACCUCCGGUCAGUGGAGGACAUUGAGGAUCUGAGUGUCCGGCAGUUGAAGGAGAUCCUCGCCAGGAACUUCGUCGACUAUAAGGGCUGCUGUGAGAAAUGGGAGCUGAUGGAGCGAGUCACGCGUCUGUACCACGACCAGAAGGGCCUGCAGAACAUGGUGUCUAUCGCCACAGAAGGCACAGACGCCGGACCUGGGACAGCCGUGGAGGAGAACCUGUGUAAGAUCUGUAUGGACUCACCCAUUGACUGUGUUCUUUUGGAGUGCGGACACAUGGUCACGUGCACAAAGUGCGGCAAGCGCAUGAAUGAAUGUCCGAUCUGCCGGCAGUAUGUGGUGCGGGCAGUGCACGUGUUCAGAUCCUGAACAACAAGAUCCAUUUUCCAUUAACAACUCACCGCUAUCUCACAGUCCUUCCCUCCAGCAACGGAUACUCUAGAAAACUGUCGGGUGGCCUUUAAUUCUCGCAAAAUUAUCUUGCGGCACUUUAAACGACAGCGAAUAAGAUGUGCAGAUCUCCGAGCAAUAACUGUACUGGAUUCAGUUUUCAGAUUUCAUUCUUCAAGUAACUUCAAAGUGUGCCUUCUGGAUGUUUUAAAGAGGAAGCUUUAUUUUUGAUCAUGGGAUUAUGUCACAUGUUUGUUGACACAAAUCAAUGCAACUUUAAAUUCCUGUUUCUGCCAUUUCCCACAAUGAAAGGAUCAUAUGAUCACACACAGACAGCAUCUUCUGAAAGCACACAAGUGCCUCGCAAUGCACUGGCCUAGUGCUUCUCACACACCUGUUUAAUUUCUACUCAUAUUUUUUUUUUAAUCAUCCUUUAUUUUUAAAAACCCAAAUACUGGAUCUCGGGUUUAAUCUUCCACCACCAUCUAGACUGACACUGUGAAAUGUACAGGAAUAAACAGGAAUGAGACUUGUCACACAAGUCUUAUCAGA